CGUCGAGAUCGAAAAGCUCUCAGGCAAAAUGAGAAGUAGAGAGGGAGGGGGUGCAUAAAAACCCUAGCUGGCUUCGCUUUACUCACACCAUCUUUAGAGUCAUUAUGGAACAUCCAAACCAAGGAGGCGAUAAAGCUUCGCAAUUUCCUGCGCCACCAAGUCCAGAUUUUUUUGAAGGGCUUGAAUUCCUGAAUGAAUCGAAUUGGUUGAAGCUUCACAACCGUCAAACUUCGAAUUUCGGCAAUCGGUCUGUAUCCGGAACAGAACAACCAGCACCAGGAGCCCCUGACUUUGCUUAUAAUGAGAUUCAGACUCUGUCAAGUCAUGAUAAGGAGUUAAACCAGCAACAAUGUGACCAGUUCAUUGUGGAUACGCUUAAAAUGGUACAGCUUCCGACAAUGCCGUCACGCCCACCUGACGCGUCUUAUUCCAUGGAUCAAUUUGGUACACUGCCUGCAUCCGGAACACAAUUGCCGGAGAAUCAAAUGCCAGCUGGAAUUCAGCCAUUGAUCCAGGAACAAUUGGGUCCAGCUGCAGAAAAAGAACAGAUAAAGCUUGAGAAAAAAAGAGCAUGUGAUCGAGCAUACCGCCAAAAGAAAAAGGAUGAGGAACAGGAACUUAAGAAUAAAUGUCAGGAACUUGAGAAUGCAAAUCAGGUAAUGGAUCAGCUACUGAAGACAUAUGCAGCUCAAAUGGAGGAUAAAUUGCAGAAGGAGCAACAGCACCUGGAGAAAAUUGCCAAAGUUGAGGCUGAAAAAGAACUUGCGGAGAAAAAAUGUCUUCUGUUGACUGAAAAAAAGAGUCAGCUGCGUCAAAAAGUGAAGGCCAUGAAGAAAAAAUAUAAAAACUUGAGAAAACAAUGCAUUGAGAAACCAAAGAAGAAACUGAAGAAACAGGUCAUGAUGGCAGAAACUUCAGAAGACACUAAAAACGAUAAUUGAAUGUCUAGGUUGCCUGAUUUGGUUGGGCUAUCAUUACCUUGAGGUUUCCAAUUUUAUUGGUUACGAAGAGACAUUCAGCUUGAGAAUCAUCUGAGAGUUGUGAUUGAGUUCGAUGUUUAGACUACGUGGUUUUCUGGAUAUGAUUUCAACUCUGUGGGUUUUUAUUGUAUUGAGUAGUGGUUGAGUUCGAUAUUUAGAUUGCUGCAUGUGGUUUCAAACUCUCUGUGGAUUGUUAUUUUAAUAAUCUUGAACUUUGUGAUAGAUGGUGGUGCUAUGAUUUUAAGGAUAUUAGGAAACUUAUAAAUGUUGAACAUUUUU